AUGUCGAAAAAGAAAACUAUUGAAGAGAGAUAUCAAAAAAAAUCACAAAUAGAGCAUAUUCUGCUAAGGCCUGAUACAUAUAUAGGCAGUGUGGAAAUGCACACACAGUUUUUAUGGGUAUGGAAUAAAAACAAAAAUCGUAUGAUUCAAAAAAAUAUAACAUAUGUACCAGGAUUAUAUAAAAUAUUUGAUGAAAUAAUAGUAAAUGCUGCUGAUGUAAAAGCAAGAGAGAAAAAUAAAUGUGAAAAUCCCAUGACAUGCAUAAAAAUAGAAGUUAAUAGAGAAAAUAACAAAAUAAGUGUAUUUAAUGAUGGAGAAGGAAUACCUGUUGAAAUGCAUAAAGAAAUGAAUAUAUAUGUUCCUCAUAUGAUAUUUGGAGAACUUUUAACAUCUGAUAAUUAUGAUGAUGAAGAAGAUAGAAUUACUGGUGGAAGAAAUGGAUUUGGGGCGAAAUUGACAAAUAUUUUUAGUAAAGAGUUUAUUGUUCAAUGUGGAGAUGCAAAGAGAAAAAAAGAAUUUAAGAUGACAUGGACUAAUAACAUGUCUAAAUUUUCAGAACCACAAAUAAAGACUUAUAAUGGAAAAGAUUUUGUUAAAGUUACUUUUAAACCUGAUUUAUCUAAAUUUGGAAUGACAGCAAUGGAUGAUGAUAUAGAGAGUUUAAUAUACAAAAGAGUUUAUGAUUUAGCUGGUACAUGCAAUGUAAAAGUAUUUUUGAAUGGUACUAGAUUAGGUGUAAAAGAUUUUAAAAGUUACGUGGAUUUAUAUUUAAAAGAUAAUUCUUCUAAUGCUAAUAGUAAAACACAAAAUAGUAGUUCUGAAACUAUUGCAAAUCAAAAUUUUACGAACCCAGAAAAUAGUGAGGCAAAUGAUCUAGAAGAAAGUCCUAAAAGUAACAUAAAUGGAAACGUUAAUGAUGAUGAAGAAAUUGUAAAAAUACAUGAAAAACAACAUAGAUGGGAGAUCGUUAUAUCUAGAUCAGAUGGAUCUCAAUUUCAACAAGUUUCUUUUGUUAAUAGCAUUUGUACCACUAAAGGAGGUUCUCAUGUCAAUUAUAUAGUAGAUCAAUUAUUAAAUGCUCUUAGUAAAAAAGCUAAUGCAAAAAAUAAAGGAGGAAUGGAAAUAAAGUCUGGUCAUAUAAAAAACCAUUUAUGGGUAUUUGUAAACUGUCUGAUUGUAAAUCCAACUUUUGAUUCUCAAACAAAAGAAACAUUAACUACAAAACCUGUGAAAUUUGGUAGUAAAUGUAUCUUGUCAGAUAAAACUAUUAAUAGUGUUUUAAAAAGUUCUAUUCUGAGUAAUAUUUUAUUAUGGGCUCAAGCAAAAGCACAAGUAGAAUUAAAAAAAAAAAUGAAAGCGGGCUCUUCCAAAGCUAGAGAGAGAAUUAUUGGUAUCCCCAAAUUAGAAGAUGCUAAUGAUGCAGGUAGUAAAUAUAGCCAAGAAUGUACUUUAAUUCUAACAGAAGGAGAUAGUGCAAAAACUUCUUGCUUGGCUGGAUUAUCAAUUGUAGGAAGAGAUAGGUAUGGAGUAUUUCCAUUAAAAGGAAAGUUAUUAAAUGUAAGAGAUGCUUCCUUUAAACAAUUAAUGGAUAACAAAGAAAUUCAAAAUAUUUUUCGAAUAAUGGGUUUAGAUAUUACGGACAAAAAUAAAAAUGAUAUCAAAGGAUUGAGAUAUGGAUCUUUGAUGAUAAUGACUGAUCAGGAUUAUGACGGUUCCCAUAUUAAAGGUUUGUUAAUUAAUAUGAUUCAUAAAUUUUGGCCUAGCUUAUUAAAACAUAAAGGAUUCUUAAGUGAAUUUGUUACACCUAUAGUUAAAGUGCAAAAAGGAAAUCAAGAACAUUCCUUUUUUACAAUAGCAGAAUAUGAACAAUGGAAAGAAAACACCAAUUUGGCAGGAUGGAAAAUAAAAUAUUACAAAGGGCUAGGAACAUCAACAGAUAAAGAAUUUAAGCAAUAUUUUUCAGAUAUUAAAAAUCAUAAAAUUGUAUUUUUAUGGACUGGAGAUAGAGAUGGAGAUUCUAUAGAUAUGGCUUUUAGCAAAAAAAGAAUUGAAGAUAGAAAGGUAUGGCUACAAAAUUUUAUUAUUGGCUCUUACGUAGAUCAUAAAGAAAAAGAUCUAUCGUUUUAUGAUUUUGUUAAUAAAGAAUUAAUAUAUUAUUCAAGAUAUGAUACCGAAAGAAGUAUACCCAACAUAAUGGAUGGAUGGAAGCCAGGACAAAGAAAAGUUUUAUAUGGAUGUUUUAAAAGAAACUUAAAAAAUGAAUGUAAAGUAGCUCAACUAGUGGGCUAUAUAGCUGAACAUAGUGCCUAUCAUCAUGGAGAAUCUUCAUUACAACAGACAAUUAUUAACAUGGCUCAAACUUUUGUUGGAUCCAAUAAUAUUAAUUUUUUAGAACCUUGUGGACAAUUUGGUAGUAGAAAAGAAGGAGGAAAAGACGCAUCCGCAGCAAGAUAUAUCUUUACUAAAUUAGCUAGUUCUACUAGAUACAUAUUUAAUGAAUAUGAUGAUCCUAUUUUAAAAUAUUUAAAUGAAGAAGGACAAAAAAUUGAGCCUCAAUAUUAUAUUCCUGUUAUUCCUACUAUAUUAGUUAAUGGAUGUGAAGGUAUUGGUACUGGCUAUUCUUCAUUUAUUCCAAAUUAUAAUUACAAAGAUAUUAUAAAUAAUAUAAAAAGAUAUAUUAAUAAGGAGCCACUAAUUCCUAUGAUUCCUUGGUAUAAAGACUUUAAGGGAAGAAUUGAAUCAAAUGGAAAAACGGGUUAUGAAACAAUUGGAAUUAUUAAAAAAUUAGAUGAAGAGACAUUAGAAAUAACAGAAUUACCUAUAAAGAAAUGGACUCAAGAUUAUAAAGAAUUUUUAGAAGAAUUAUUGACAGAUGAAAAAAAUCAAUUAAUUAUAGAUUAUAUUGACAAUAGUUCACAUGAGGAUAUUUGUUUUACUAUUAAGAUGGAUCCAAAUAAACUGAAAAAAGCAGAAGAAGAGGGAUUAGAAAAAGUGUUUAAAUUAAAAAGUACCUUAACUACUACCAAUAUGACACUUUUUGAUCCAAACCUAAAAUUACAAAGGUAUUCUACUGAAUUAGAUAUUCUUAAAGAGUUUUGUUUUCAUAGAUUAAAAGCCUACCAAAGCAGAAAAGAUUAUUUAAUUUCAAAACUAGAAAAGGAAAAAAAAAUUAUUUCUAAUAAAGCUAAAUUUAUUUUAGCUAUAGUCAAUAAUGAGCUCAUUGUUAAUAAAAAAAAAAGAAGAGUUAUUGUAGAAGAGUUGUAUAGGAGAGGAUAUGAUCCUUAUAAAGAUAUCAAUAAAUUAAGUAAAAAAGAAAUUUUUGAACAAGAACUAUUAGAAAAUGCAGAAAAUUUAGAGGAUAAUGAGGAAAUUAUUGCUGGAAUUUCUUUAAAAGACUACGAUUAUUUAUUAGGUAUGCCUAUAUAUAGUCUUACCUUAGAGAAAGUAGAAGAACUCCUUGCACAGCAUAAAGAAAAAGAAAGAGAGUUAGAAAUUCUCAAAAAUAUUACUAUUGAAACUAUGUGGCUAAAAGAUAUAGAAAAAGUAGAGGAAGCAGUGGAAUUACAAAGAAAUAUAGAAUUAGCAAAUAGAGAAGAAAGUAAUAAAUUUAAAGUAGCAAAAAGACAAGGAAUAAAUGCAUUCAGAAGGAAAAAAAAAAAAAAGAAAUUAUCCACUGAUGAAUCAGAAGGUGAUACAACAGAUAGUAGUGACUUUAUACUUAAUACAUUAAAUAUAAAAAAAAAAAAAAAAGACAAUAAUAAUAAUAAUAAAAGAUUAAAAAAAGUAGAUGAUAGAAACUAUAAUAAAAGUUCUCUUUUAUAUAAUAGUGAAUUAGAUUAUUCUUUAUCAUGUACUAAAACAUUCGAUGAUACUAAUAUUUCUGAUACGUCACCUAUACUUAAUAGAAUAAUAAAUAAAAAAAAUAUUAAUAAUAAUAAUACAAAAGAAAAUAAUGAUUAUUUUAGUAGUAAUAAUAACAAAGCACUUAACGAGAGUAGUUUUAAUAAAACAAAUAGUAUAUAUAAAUUAAACAAUGAAAAUGAUAUAAAUUCUAGUAAGUAUUCAGACAAAAAAAGUUCAUAUUUUUUUGAUUUAUCACAUGAUAGUGAUACGAAUAAUCAAAAUAAAAAAAAUAUUUCUUCAAAUAAUGUAAAUGAUAAAAAUGAUAUUAGCAAUUCACAUAGCAUUACCCCUAAUAGACAAAUAGAUAUUAGUUUAAUUAAUAGUGUAAAUAUGAAUGAGUUUACUAAUGUAGAUAAUAAUAAUAAUAAUGAUAGUUUACAAGUAGAUAAUAAUCAAAAUAUUACUAUAUCACCUAAUAAAACAAUAAAUAUUAAUGAGUUUUCAUCAAUUAAAAAUAAAUUAUUAGAACUUGAAAAGAAAAAAAAACCAAGAUUAACAUUAGCUGAAAAAAUAAAAAUGAAAAAUUCAGAGAAAAUAAAUACUGAAGAUAAGCAAAAAUUAGAGACAUCACCUACUAAUAAACCAAAGAGCUCUUUAUUAGGAGAUGAUCUAAAAUCAAAAAAGGGAUCCAAUAUUGAUAGCGAAUCUAGUAAAGGAAAUAUCGAAUCAUCGGAAGAUAGUGAAAGUUCAUAUGACAUAUAG